UUUCCUCUGUCAUGUAGGAGAAACAGAAGUCAGAAUCCUUUCUUAUACUUUCUUCUUGGAAUCGCAACAAGGAGGGAAUGAUUUCCAAACGAGCGCAAGUUCUGAUCUGCGUCGCUGUUCUUUUGAACUACUUUGAUGCUGUAGAAAUUCCAAUUUUAGUGGAGCAGCUGCCAGUGAUCACACGUUCUAGCAGUGGGACCAUAAUCGCUUUUCCGGUAGAUGAAGAUUUUACCAUCGAGUGUGAAGCUAAAGGAAACCCAGCCCCGGUAUACAAGUGGACAAAGAAUGGGUAUCCAUUUCAUCCAUACGCUGACCCCAGAGUUAAGAUGAGCCAGAAUUCCGGGACCUUUACAAUCCUUCCGAACGAGAAUAUAGCGGAGUAUAAUGGUACUUAUCGCUGUUAUGCAUCCAACCGUCUGGGAACUGCCAUGUCAGAAGAAACCCAGUUCAUUGUUCCAGGAGUCCCUAAAUUUCCAGAUGAAGACAUUAUUCCUGUAGAAGUGGAAGAGGGAGAUGCUGUGGUUUUAAGCUGUGAUCCCCCACAUGGUUUGUCUCCGGUUCAUAUUUACUGGAUGACUCUUGACCUUGUUCACAUUCCUCAGGAUGAACGCGUGUCCGUAGGGAGAGAUGGCAACUUGUAUUUUGCGAAUGUGAAAAAGACAGACAGUAGAACAGAUUACUGCUGCUUUGCUGCGUUUUCCAGAAUCAGAACAAUUGUCCAGAAGGUCCCCAUGACUCUUGCUGUUCACACAAGUAAUACGUUUCAGGAAAGGAGACCAACAAUGAUGACUCCGCCGGGAACGAGCAGUUCUGUCACAGUCCUGAAAGGAGAGCUGCUGACGCUGGAAUGCAUUGCGGAGGGACUACCAACACCAAAGAUCUUCUGGCAAAAGGAGAGGGCGGAAUUGCCACCGGAAAGGGCAGUACUUGGGAACUAUGGAAAACAGCUUAAGAUAAAUGACAUUAAAGCCAGCGAUCACGGAAUCUAUCGCUGUACAGCUAAAAAUAUUGGUGGAGUAGCACAGCAUGAUUUUCAUGUUCACGUGGAAGAACCUCCUCAAUGGAAGAAGUGCCCAGAAAGCAGCGUGCAGAGCGUGGCCUCCAGCGUCGUCCUACAUUGUUCAGCCUCUGGAAAUCCCAAACCAGAGAUACACUGGAAGAGAAAUGGGCAACCUCUGCAAAAGACUCUUUCCCCAAACCAUGAAGAAAUAAGAAUUGAGAACCUGCAGCUCAUGGACAGUGCCGUGUACCAGUGCGAAGCAACAAAUAGACACGGCUCAAUCCUUGCCAGUGCGAAUAUCGAUGUUUUAGAUAUUGCCCCGUUGAUCCUCACACCUGAUAAAAGAAACUACACGGUCGUUCUCGGUCACAGUGCCAACCUGCAUUGCAAUGUUUUUGCUGUUCCUCACGCAAAGGUGUUCUGGUACCGGAAGGAGAUGCUGGAGGCUCAGCACAUGACGCUCGAGAACGGCACUCUCCAUAUUCUGAAGACCCAAGCACAGGAUGCUGGAGUCUAUAUGUGCCACGCAUCGAACUCACAAGGAAACGGGACCCUCGCUGCGCAUCUGGAGCUUCUCGAACCAACAACUGUGUCUUUGCGCCCGGAGAACCCAUGGGUUAAACGGUCACACAGUGUCACCCUGACGUGCCAUAUUCACUGCGAUAGCAAACUUUCCCCCAGUCUGAAGAUCACAUGGAAGAAGAACGGAGAGGAGAUGACGAAAAGCAAUAGAAGAAUAAACCUGAACUCUGAUACCUUGUCCAUUGUUAAUGUAACCUGGGAGGACGCAGGCUUAUAUAGCUGUACAGGAUCCACCUCGAUGGACAGUGCGGCUGCAGAGACUCGGCUCAGCGUGCGCGACGUCCCCAGUGCCCCUGAAAGCCUGCAUCUCUCAGGAAAGCAGACACGGAGUAUGAUAUUAUCGUGGAUAGCAAGAGAUUCCCAGAACAGUCCAAUUUCAGAAUAUCUCGUGCAAGCAAAGAAAAGUCGCCAGGAUCCUGGGACGUGGGAAGAUCUCAUUAGUGUUACAGAGAACAUUACAUCUGUCGCUCUGUCUUUGGAGCCUUAUUAUAACUAUGAGUUCCGCGUGUUCGCAAAAAAUGAAAUGGGAAAAAGCCCACCAAGUCCUGUCUCUGAAGUGUAUAGCACUCCUCCUGCGGUCCCAGAUAAGAAUCCUGAAAUCAUUAAUAUUAAAGCUGAUACAUCAAAGGAAAUGAUAGUUACGUGGGAGCCACUAAAAGUAGAAGAGCAGAAUGGUCCAGGCUUUCAUUACAGAGUUAGUUGGCGUCGCCAAGGUGCGAGUACAGACUGGCAUCAUGAAAAUGUCAACCGGCACCACUUCCUUAUAAAGGAUACCCCAGCUUUUGUUCUGUACGAUGUUCGUGUUCAAUCCGUUAAUAAGAUGGGCACCGGUCCAGAACCACAAGUGCACACAGCAUACUCCGGAGAGGACUCUCCUGAUGCCUCUCCACCCAAAGUGACCGUGGACGUUGCCAACAGUUCUGUGGUUAAGGUUUCGUGGAUAGGUAUUUCCCAGGACAGGGUACGAGGACAUCUGUCAGGUUACAAGAUAAUCUAUUGGCGAGUAAGUGAUCUGGCAGAUGGGAAGAGGCACCAUGCUGACCACCAUGUUCUGAUAUUUCCUGGUCACAGAGAGUGGGGGAUGAUUCCAGGUCUUAUUCCGUUCACUGAAUACAAAGUGUCUGUUGCUGCAUUUAACGCACGUGGAGACGGACCUGCAAGCUCGCCUGUUACAUUUCGGACUCCUGAAGGAGUUCCUGAACAGCCGCAUUUCCUGCGAAUCAUGAGCCCAGACAGCAAUUUCUUCACCUUGUCAUGGGGGCCACCGAGAAAUGUAAAUGGGAUUCUGACAGCCUACCUACUGCACUACCAGAUAAUUAAUGAUACGGAUGAAGUUGGAAGCAUGCAAAAUAUCAGCAUAAAAGAGCCAUCGGCUGUCAGCUGGAGAGUGCCCCGGCUGGAACUCGGUACCAGGUAUAAAUUCUACCUGAGGGCAUGUACCAUUGCUGGCUGCGGCAGAGCUGUGAGCGAAGAAGGGCGGACAGAGACACAAGCAACUUACAGUGAUGCUUCCCAAAGUCUCACCACCCAUGGCUGGAUCAUUGGAUUAAUGUGCGCAAUCGCUCUGCUAACUCUUGUCCUGCUCCUUCUUUGUUUUGUGCAGAGAAAUAAGGGUGGAAAAUAUCCCGUCAAGGAAAAGGAAGCGCCUUCCACAGAAGAAAACACUCAGCCCGCGAAACAAGAAGUUGUUUCCAACUUCAGUGCUAAUAAUCCACUGAACAGAAGCAUGAAUUCCAUAAGUGUGGACAUGAAAUCGUAUGACAGCGUGGACAGCCUUGUGCAGUAUAGUGAUGAAGAACAUCAGCAAUUUAACGAGGAUGGCUCCUUCAUCGGGGAAUAUACAGAAUCCAAGGAGAAGUAAGAUUUCUUUCUAGCAAUAAACUGCAAAACCCCGGACAUUGCUGGAACUAUCCAUCUCGUAUCUAAAAGUAAAACGCUACAGGAUUUGAAGGUCAAAAUCCAUCUUUUAUUGAUUUUUUUCUGAUACAUACCACCUAGUAAGACAAUUCUGUUUGCCAACCUCAACGUCCUUUAUGUUAUCCACCUGAACAGCUUCACCUUUGGCUCUUUGGUCCUGCGCGCUCUCUCGCUCACCACAUCCAGCACUUAUUAUAGCUCUAAUAGCAUUGUGCAUGUUAUGAACAAACUGUUUCUUCCUCUGAGAGAUGCCAUAUUAGUAGAAGAAAUGAUGAGGACGCAUUCAUGUUGUGAUUUGCUUAUGAUACUAAUUGUCCUUUUCAUCAUGUAGUUAAAUUAUGUGUCCAGGCUUUUCUCUUCAUGUUUGAUACAGACCAGCAGACUCACUCUUUACAGAGGAAUGUCGGACCAGUCUUCUCAUUUUCAUUUGUCCUGAACUUGAUCACUUGACUGAGUUCAUGGGUCUAUUAUCAGUCGACGAAGAUGCGAUUGGGCAGUACAAGCAGGUUGGAACCUACAGGGUGCUGUACAAGGUGCGACCAAAUCUAUGGGGAAGUCCCAGACAAAAAAAAAUAUUUUGCUCCUCGAGUAUAAAACCCAGCGCAGUUUACAGUAACGUAGGUGAGCACUGACAAAACCCUGCAUAAUCUAAUUAUUUGCCCGGAGGCAGCCAUUGUGGCCGGUCAUAUGAUAUUUUGAGCAGCUUUUUUUGCUCCAGCACUACACUGAGCUGAUUCUUUUUAUGGCACAACAGCACAAUUAUUCUUAAUUUGAUACUAGUGAGAAAAAAUUUGCAGAUCCCCUUAACUUAACCGAACUGAACCCAUAAACUAAUGUCUACUAUGUGCCAGAACAUUUUUCUGCCUUAAUUUCUUAAACAAUUAAAAUGUUUGACAUUUUAAGCUCUUUAAAUGUUAUAUUAUUUGUUAUUAUAUAAAGCCAUUUGUACUUGUA